AAACAACCCAAUAAACCCUUAUUAAUUCAGCCUUCUCCAUCGCAAUCCGUCGUCCCUUCUGCAAGAUUCGCCAUUCCCGGCCACCCGACGCCGCCUAAACCUCACAGACCACUCUUUUCUAUUCCUUAAACAUCAUUCUCAUUUCUCAGUAUCUAUUUCAUCCAAUAUUACCUACAACUGAGAUAAUAAGGAAAAAAAGCUCAAGCUAAUUUCCACCUUCAUAGCCGCCGUUAUAGUAGGUUAAACCGCCAGUUUCAAGGCGGCUAUUCGUGGAGGCAGCAGGAGAGAGCAACGGACCGGGGAGAAUAUGGACCUUUCCAAUGCGUUUACUGUGCUGCACCUAGAUGCUGAAGAUGAUCAAAAUGACAUUUCAAGCUGUAAAAAAUCAUUCACUACCGACAGCAAUGAAGUGUUGUUUGUUGCAGGAAGUAGUAGUAGAAAUGCGAAUGGCUUGGUCACUAGUUUAAGUGUCGGAAAUGGAGAACAUAACGAAAAACAUCUAGUCGCGUCGUCUUCAGUGGAGUACAGAAUGCCCCUUGUUUGGAUCGACUUGGAAAUGACUGGUCUGAAUAUUGAAGUUGAUACAAUACUAGAGAUUGCGUGUAUAAUUACUGAUGGCAAUUUGACUAAAUCAAUUGAGGGUCCCAAUUUGGUUAUCCAUCAGAAUAAAGAGUGUUUAGAGAAGAUGGGAGAAUGGUGUCAAACUCAUCAUGCAGAUAGUGGUUUGACGGAGAGAGUAUUGCAAAGUACAGUGAGUGAAAGAGAAGCUGAAUAUCAGGUUAUAGAGUUCGUUAAGAGACACGUAGGCACGCAUACACCUCUUUUGGCAGGAAAUUCGGUGUAUGUAGAUUUCUUAUUUCUUAAGAAGUACAUGCCAGAUCUGGCCAGUCUCUUCUCGCAUGUUGUUGUUGAUGUUAGCAGUGUUAAAGCCUUGUGCAUCCGAUGGUUUCCCAAAGAUCAUAGGAAAGCUCCAUCGAAGGAAAAUAAACAUCGAGCAAUGGAUGAUAUUAGAGAAAGCAUAAAGGAGCUCAAAUACUACAAAGAUAAUAUAUUUAAAGCCAAGUCUAAGAAGUGAUUUGAAAUUCUGCUUUUUUUGGUAUAGCAGCUAGGCAAAUUCUGUGUAAAGGUGGAUAUAGUUUUGGUUGAAAAUUCAUUUUCAAACUGUUAGAGAUGCAAAUUGUGAAUUUAAAUUAUAAUACAACUCCAAACAGCUUGAUAGCUGCUAUGCAUGAUUAAUUAAUGGGUUUCAUCACCUCUAAAAUUAGUUUAAAAUUA